AUGGUUGGUGGCAUGUUAGGCUGGGGCUUCCGGGCCAAUGUCCAGGUGCACAUGGCGGACGACAAGCACUCGAAAGAACUCACGACCAAGGACGGGUCUCGUCUCACCCUUAACGAGCUCGUCCACCACUUGGACGUCGUUGAUCCCAGCAAGAAGUUGUGGCUCAACCCGCUCUUGUUCAACGGGACGUUGCAGACGUUGUACUACGCCAAACUGGACGCGCUGCAGAAGUACCAGAUCUACUACGGGCGCGAGGUGUUCCACUACAAGGACGAAGGCAUUUGCUCGUUGGACUGGGUGAUCCCUCCUCCUGAGUCUACCGAGCAGUUUAAGCAGCAAUAUAAGGAGACUCUCCCCGAAGGGCUGCCCCGGUUGCACCCGAGAUCGCGCUACUUCAGUGAAGACGAAAUCAAGGCCAGAACUCAAGAAAACCAGGCGGAUAUCACCACUCCGUUAGUGGUGAUUCUCCAUGGUUUGGGUGGUGGUUCCCACGAGCCGUUGAUUCGCAAUUUGGCCGAGAAUAUCGCUAAUAAGACCAAUAAUACUUGGGACUGUGUUGUCAUCAACAACCGGGGUUGCUGCCGUACCAAGGUCACCAACGGUAAGCUUUUCAACGCUCUUUCUGUCGACGAUAUCGGCGAAGUGGUGGAAGCGUUGCGGGCCCGUUACCCUAACCGUCCUCUCUACGCUGUUGGUUUCUCGUUUGGCGCCUGUAUGUUAGCCAACUACUUGGGCACUUUGCCCGACAAUUCCUUGGUCCACGCUGCUGCUCUUGUCGGCUGUCCCUGGGAUCUUGUUGACCUGGCGUACCACAUCCAGAACUCGCUCACUGGUCGCCACUUGUUGAACCCGGCACUCACGACUUUCUUGAACAAGAUUGUCAAGAACAACUUUGCCGAGUUGAACAAGCACUCGCCCUACCUCUUCUCCGAGGAGAACUUGAAGCUUGGCAUGCAACAGAAGCGCACCUGGCAGUUUGACUCGGUGUACACCUGCCACACCGCUGGUUACGCCAGUCCCUGGGAAUACUACCGCGAGGCGUCGCCGGCGAGACGGAUCUCGAAGAUCAACAUCCCUACGAUCGCGUUGAACUCGACCGAUGACCCUGCCGUCAGUGUCAGAUUGCCCUCUGAAGAAAUCGCCCAUAACCCGAAUAUGGUGAUGGUGGAGACCGAUUUGGGUGGUCACUUGGGGUGGGUGCAGCUGGACGGCAAGUUCUGGUGUGUCGAAGUGGUGGAAGAGUUCUUCACCUUGUUCGACGAAAAGGUCAAGUAG